CUCCCGAGGAGAUCUUUCUUUGGGCGUAAUCAGUCGUGUGCAAUCGAGAGCCGGGUGUUAGAAGAAAAAAAAACGGACGAGGCUCAAAACUUCCUUUAAAAACAAAGCCUUUUUCGAACUCGAAAACACUAAAAAAGUUUGGAAGGGACGCUUUAAACAGAACUGCUACAGAUUGUACAAGUAUGUGACCCGUGUUUUAACGACGUGGAGUCGAGUUGGACUUCCCUGGAGAGAAGAGUUACUUAAGAGAUGAGCAUCAAGCUACAGGACCCCAGGGUGUAAGAGGCGAUCGCCAUGGCAACGCAGUUCAGUAUCGAUGAUGCCUUCGUGUUGGAAGGAGACGAGGAGGAGGGAGCUGUGUCCGAUGGAGAGACAGAGGGGUGGAAGGCCAGAGACAAGGACAGGGAAGGAGGGGAGAUGACAUUUGGUCCUCUGACUUUCUCCAAACCUCAAAACCAUCCCUCGCCUGCUGCCACCGGCUCCCUCGAACACAGUAACCUUAAGUAUCAGAAUCUGGAAAAUGAAGACGCUUUGGGCAGCAAUGGCAAUUCCUCUUUCAAUAACUUCUUCAAAAUCAGUGACCCUGCGACUCUGUCGUACUGCAGCUCCCAGUGGUCCUUCAGCACCUUGAGUUCUGUCACACAGCUUUCCGCACACUGCUGCGGGUGGGUUUCCCAUCCGCUGGUGAAGAAAAACAGAAGAGUCGUUCUUGCUUCAUUCCUUCUCCUCAUCACUGGAGUUGCUCUAAUUUUCACUGGUGUUGUCAUACAGCUGAAUCCAAAUGCAGGUGUUUCAAGUGCUAUUUUCUUUGUACCUGGAUUUCUGCUCUUCAUCCCUGGAGUGUACCAUGUGAUAUACAUCAGCUGUGCUGUCCGCGGAAGAAGAGGAUUCAAAUUAUUCUACCUACCUUAUUUUGAAAAAUGACAUUUUAUGAGCUGACACCACAUGUUCACUACAUUUCUUUGUUUGCUAUCUUAAGAUAAUUUGUAUUUUUUUGUCACAUGUAACAAAAAAUGUAUUGUCACAUGGUUGUUUUUUCUUGUCAUUGUUAUGACCACUACUCAUUCAACCACUCAGUGCCUCGACUAUGCUUCCACUAUAUGAACUGAACUUGCUGUAUAAUGUACACGAAAAAAGAAGGAAAUUGGUCUUGCCUGUGUUUUCAAUGUCGUGUGAAUAAUGACUGUGAAAUUACAAUUAAACUUUUGUAUAUUUUAA